UGACAACCCGUUCUCAUCAAUAUGCGUAUAAAUAACACGACUUUACACUUUCAAAUUGCGUGUAAUGUAUACGCCAAAUCCCAUUUUUGCGUGCAUAUGAUACGCCAAUCCUUUCCAUUCACUUUGAUAGAGCGCAAAUGCGUCUAAAUACCACGCAUCAUCUUUAACGGAAUUGACGUCACCAGCAGAGCUCAGUUCACUAAUAGAGGAUUUCACCUGAUGCGCGUCCAUCUUUAAACAGUAAAAAUGCCAGGUGGAUCAACAAUUCGGCAGUGCCCCCAUUGCCUGCAAAAAAUAAAUUGUGCCAACCGAAAAUGCACCAAGUGUGGGAAGCUGCUAGAAAUUAAGUCCAGGCAGACGGCCCGUAUGAAGUCGUUCCGGGCCAGAGCCAAGGAAUGGGCACAACAAGUGAAGAAGUCUCGCAAUCAGGCCAAAAUAUUUGAUAACAGUGCCCUGCUGGUGGAGAAACUAAAGGCCCUUGGGUACUUUCCCCUCCUGCUGUGGGGAAAGUACAGACCACAAAACAAAAAGUGGAAUGCCCAGCUCCAGUGCCCCUUUGAGCUGCCACUGGUAGCCCAUGCGGUCCUGGAGAAGAUCCUUUGCCUUUUUGAAGGUUUGUUAGAAGCAUGUGAUCCUCAAAGUGAGGAGGUGCUGCAGCAAGAGAGGCCGGGAGAAAAUGAUACAGAAAGAGAUGUGAUAAAUAACGAAGACCAGAGUGGACAGGAGGAGCAACAUGAAGUAGAAAUUGAAGACCAGAGAGGACAGGAGGAGCAACAUGAAGUAGAAAUUGAAGACCAGAGAGGACAGGAGGAGCAACAUGAAACAGAUAUCGAAGACCAGAGAGGACAGGAGGAGCAACAUGAAAUAGGAGAGACUGAGAUGACAGACAUGCAGGAGAUGGAGAUAGCACAGGCUCAUGAAGACAGAGUAGAGAGUAAGAGAGAGGAAAGAGGAGAGAUGGAGGGACAGAAAGAGUAUGAUGAGCUGAGACAGAUGGGGACAGAAGUGAUGGAGGCAGACAAUGAGAGAGAAAAGACAGAGGAAGUGGGUAAGAAAAAGAGUAAGGCGAAGAAGAAAGAAGUGGCAGCAGCAAACAGGAAGUCAGCAGCUGUCCAAAUUUUAAGUAAAAAAAAAGAAAAUAGAAGACGGCGAAACAAGGAUGAUGCUUGCCAGUAUCACAGCACAUUGGACAUUUUCCCAGUCCAGUAUGUAUCCCAGACACGUGAAAAAAAGGGCUGUAAAGAAGUACUUGUCCAUUGGCUCCCGUGUCCGUCGUGCCAAAAGGUCUGGCCCCCAUCUUGGGAACCACAGGAGAAUAUAAAAAUGACACUUUCAUAAAAGGUCUGCAAUGAAGCUGUAAUGUUCUGUUCUGUAUUUCUAAAUAAAGAAUUUCUUUGUUGUUUUAAAUAAAGUAUUCGUUUAUAAAUUUCAUUUCAUUA